UGCUCCAAAAAAUAGCCUUAAGCUCAUCCAAGCAACCCGAAAAUGGACACGAAAGUAGGGGUGUUUAUUGGAAAGAAAGGUUCAGCGGGUGAAAAGGAGACACAGUAACAAAGGAGGGUCGCUAUGACCAAAAGUCAUUAUGUACGCGUAUGAAAAUUUCGCUUCCCCUCCAGUAUAUAUUUGCUGAAUCCGUGGCCGGACGAAUAGAUACAGCAACCAGUUUUCACAGAUGCUCUCCAGAUAAGUGGCUUCAAUCCGGUGUGCAGAAGAAUCUUCAAAACAACCUGGGGAGGUCAAUUCGUGUGGCCUUAUGUCACACAGCGGAGCCGAUCCUGAGCAGCGCCAUCAAGCUUCAGAGGCGGACGCCAUGGCAGCGACCUUCCGGGCAAGCGAACACCAGCAUAUUCGCUACAACCCGCUCCAGGAUGAGUGGGUGUUAGUGUCAGCCCAUCGCAUGAAGCGGCCCUGGCAAGGACAAGUGGAGCCCCAGCUUCUGAAGACGGUGCCCCGUCAUGACCCACUCAACCCUCUGUGUCCCGGGGCCACACGAGCUAAUGGGGAGGUGAAUCCCCCCUAUGAUGGCACCUUCCUGUUUGACAAUGACUUCCCAGCUCUGCAGCCAGAUGCUCCGGAUCCAGGACCCAGUGACCACCCUCUCUUCCGAGCAGAGGCCGCCAGAGGAGUUUGUAAGGUCAUGUGCUUCCACCCCUGGUCGGAUGUGACGCUGCCACUCAUGUCUGUCCCUGAGAUCCGAGCUGUCAUCGAUGCAUGGGCCUCAGUCACAGAGGAGCUGGGUGCCCAGUACCCUUGGGUGCAGAUCUUUGAAAACAAAGGAGCCAUGAUGGGCUGUUCUAACCCCCAUCCCCACUGCCAGGUUUGGGCUAGCAGUUUCCUGCCAGAUAUUGCCCAGCGCGAAGAGCGAUCCCAACAGACCUAUCACAGCCAGCAUGGAAAGCCUUUAUUAUUGGAGUAUGGUCACCAAGAGCUUCUCAGAAAGGAACGUCUGGUCCUGACCAGUGAGCACUGGAUAGUUCUGGUCCCCUUCUGGGCAGUGUGGCCUUUCCAGACACUACUGCUGCCCCGGCGGCACGUGCUGCGGCUACCUGAGCUGACCCCUGCUGAGCGUGAUGAUCUAGCCUCCAUCAUGAAGAAGCUCUUGACCAAGUAUGACAACCUGUUUGAGACAUCCUUUCCCUACUCCAUGGGCUGGCAUGGGGCUCCCACAGGAUUAAAGACUGGAGCCACCUGUGACCACUGGCAGCUCCAUGCUCACUACUACCCCCCACUUCUGCGGUCUGCUACUGUCCGGAAGUUCAUGGUUGGCUAUGAAAUGCUUGCCCAGGCUCAGCGUGACCUCACUCCUGAACAGGCUGCAGAAAGAUUAAGGGCGCUUCCUGAGGUACACUAUUGCCUGGUGCAGAAGGACAGGGAAAUAGCAGCCACCGCUUGACUGGGAUCACAGCAAUCCCAGUCCGAUUGAAUCUUUGUACGUGACAGACCUGGGACCUGGAGUUCCGGCAGAUGUGAUAUCAAUAAAACUGAGUCUCACAUUUUAACCAUGUUUUCUGA